AUGGUAUUCAAUCUUGAAAAAAUUAUAAGGCCAAAAAUUUACAAUCUGGAAGCGUAUCGUUGUGCUAGAGAUGACUUUAAAGAAGGUAUACUUUUAGAUGCUAACGAGAAUGCGUAUGGACCAACUCAAAUUGAAUUACAAGGAACAAACUUGCAUCGUUAUCCUGACCCGCAUCAAAUUGAAUUUAAAAAGGCAAUGGCUUCAUACCGUAAUAAGACUUCUGUUUUUCGAUCCUAUGACUUAGUACCACUCACUGAUGAAAAUUUUUGCUUAGGUGUUGGAUCAGAUGAAAGUAUUGAUGCCAUCAUAAGGGCGUCUUGCGUGCCUAGCAAAGAGAAAAUUCUCGUUCUACCGCCUACAUAUUCCAUGUAUUCUGUUUGUGCAAACAUAAACGAUGUGGACGUUGUAACAUGCCCCUUAAUCACGGAAGAUAAUAGCUUUCAAAUUGAUGCUACAGAAAUUCUCAACAUCUUAGCAAACGAUCCGCUUAUCAAAUUAGUUUUCAUUACAUCUCCUGGUAAUCCUACAGGUGCAAAGAUAGAAAUUGAUAGAAUCGAAUAUUUGUUAAAAAACUGGGACCAAGGUUUAGUAAUCGUUGAUGAGGCCUAUAUUGACUUCAGUGGGGGAUCUACUGCUCCUUUAGUCACCAAGUAUCCUAAUUUAGUGACGUUACAAACUCUUUCUAAGUCAUUUGGUUUGGCUGGUAUUAGAUUGGGCAUGACAAUUGCCACAAAAAAGUUGUCGAAAAUUCUAAAUGCAAUGAAGGCCCCUUACAAUAUAUCAACAGUAACUUCAGAUAUGGCUCUCAAAGCUGUACAGAACCAUAACCUUGAGAAAAUGGAGCAAAAUGCUCAGAUAUUAAAUAAGGAAAAAUUAAGAUUAUUGAAUGCAUUGACCUCCUUAAAGUACGUUGACAAUGGAUACAUCGGUGGACUAGAUGCUAACUUUAUUCUUUUACGAAUCAAUAAUGGUGAUAAUGAUCUGGCCAAAAAAUUAUACACCGAGUUAGCCAUAAAGUCAGGCGUUGUAAUCAGAUUCAGAGGUAAUGAACUAGGCUGUGCUGGAGGUUUAAGAGUCACCAUAGGUACAAAAGAAGAAAAUGAUAUAUUGAUUAAAGAAUUUGGAAGAAAGCUUGAAGAGUUAGUAGGUUAA